ACGUCGAACGGCAAACAACGCGACUUUCGCCAAAAAUAAAAACCAGAAUCGAAAUUCAAACGACGAAAUAUCACGCAUACGCCACGUAGAACCGAAAAUAUACAAGUGAAGUGAAGCUACCAAAAAAAAGAAAAAGAGAAACAAAAACAAAAGCCAAAAGAGGGGAAAAAGAGUUUACCGCCUGGGCUCGUUAGUGGAAUUUUUUGCAGCCUUUUGGCCAGUUUACGAGCGGCUCAGCAUAAAUUGCUGGUCUCCGCGUAUAAUACCCCCAACUCCGUUUCCCCAUUUCCCAUUUGCACGGCCGUAAUGAGGCAAUGAGACGGGUAGCCGGAAAAGCCACGUCGGGAGAAGCGGCAACAGCGGCGCAGCCAUGACAUCUGGAUCUGAAUCGGGAUCUGGAGUUUUCCGGAGUCUGGAGCUUUGGCCCCUGAACGAGUAAAGGAAACAGAGCGAGUGACAGAGAGAGAGAGCAAUGCUGCGCGAUAUCUUUCUGUAUUUAGUUCUAAUCGUUUUAUUUUGCUUCAUUUUCAUGGCGCAGUUAAUCGUCAACGUUUACGCCUUCCAGCGCCAGCCGUCGCCCCAAAAAGCGGAGCGCAAUGAAAUUAUAUUUGUAUAGAAAAGAGACAGCCGCUGGUAUAUAUAUACACUGAAAACAAUUCACACACACAUCAUAAAUGAAUACAAGGAGAAAAAGUUUCAAAAUAACAGCUAAAUAUACCGAGAAUAAUCAGACAUAAAUGCAAAGGCAUUUAUUUAUUAAUUAACCUUUGAAAAGAAAAUACACCUUACAUUUCAUGAAAAAAUAGGCAACAAAUAACAAAACUAUUUACCAAAUAUUAAUUAUUUUAAACUACAAAAAUGAACAACAGUCAAAAGUUGCUAAGUAAACAAGAACUUGUAUUUAAAAAUCAAGUUUUUGUUCUCAACAGAAAAUCAAUACACAAAUCAAAAUAAACCAUAAACAAAAUAACUAUCAUAUAAAAGUCAUAUUAAAUGAGGUCUAGAGUCUUAUGAUUUUCGUUCAGUGUAACCAACUUAAGGACAGAAAAAAGUAGAUAUGAGUUGGUGGCCCAAAUGAAGAUGCUACAAAGGCAACGGCGGCUAGAAGUCAAGCCGCGGAGGUUUCUAUUUAAUAAGAAGAGGAACUCAACUGGGUUCAACUUUCAGUUGAGCGGGAAAAGUGGGAAAAGGCGUGGAAAAUGACGGCGUGGAAAAUGCGGGGGGAAAAUGGGGCAGAAGCGGAUAUCAAAAAGAGGGGGUAGAUCACUGCUGAAGGAAGAUAAACCCUCGAAGAACUGUUAAACUAGGUUGCGCGCUAAUUAGUAACGGUAGUCUUGGGAGUGCACAACAUACACACAUCACUACACACCUAGAACACACACAAAACACUGA